AUGGUCGAGCUACAUCCACUUUUAAAAAGGGCUUACUGGACAUUGGCAGCUGGUGGCCUGCUCUAUGUGCUUUUCGUAUUUGCAGUAACCUAUCCAGACUUCCAACGCCUUGCUCUCUAUGUCAACAAAUUCAAUCCUAGCUACUGGCAAGACUUGAAUCAGGUGGAACAAUUCGGAUUCCUAAAAACUCAAGUCCAGCCUUUCCACUUGGUGACACCCGACAAUGAGACGCUCUAUGGUUGGCACAUCCUACCACUCCAUGUUGUGCAUGAGCAUGAGAACGAGCUAUUGGAGAAUACUCCUUCCGGGCCAGCAAAGGACUACACCAAAACAGUCGCCUUCAAGACUCUAUCCAGCAAUCCCAAUGCCAGAGUUGUCGUGAGCUUCCACGGAAACGCAGCUCACAUCGGCUCCGCAAACCGACCAAAUGGAUACAACACUCUCCUAGCUCUAUCGACUCCAGAAAAUCCUGUUCAUGUCUUCGCACUGGAUUACCGCGGAUUCGGUUUCUCAACCGGCAGUCCCACAGAAGAGGGUCUGAUCACCGACGGAGUCUCACUACUGAACUUCCUCACAGCAGGGCCAUACAAAAUCCCAACAUCUCGAAUCGCACUCGUGGGACAGAGUCUAGGCACAGCAGUGACAGCCGCAGUAGCUGAGCGCUUUGCAUUCGGCUCACCUGAUCCUAAUGCCAUUCAACCUGCCCUUAAGAAUGCUGAGCCAUUUGCAGGCGUUAUUCUACUUGCAUCGUUUAGUAGCUUUGCUAAUGUUAUCGAGUCCUACAGUAUCAAGGGAUUCACGCCACCAAUGCUUUCACCCUUAAUUGGUUAUCCUCGUUUCCAGAAAUGGGUACUAAGCCAUAUCGUUGAUCAUUGGGAUACGGCUGCACGGGUGGCUCGUAUGGCUGGGAUUAAUCCGGCACAACCCGAUGCAUCUGGAUUAAAAUAUUCUCAGAAGGAUCUUGAUCUUACGAUUGUGCAUGCUAUGAACGAUGCGGAUAUUCCCUGGUAUGAAGGUCGUCGAGUUUGGGUGGCUGCCACCGGAGAGAACAUUGAAGGGGCAUCUGGGGCGCUAGUUUUUGAGAAGAUCGAGGCUGGAAGUCCCAAUCAAAUUCAAGUUUGGGAGAACAAGUUCAUUGGUGAGGAUGGGACUGAAGUUGUGAAGAGGGUUCGGUGGGAGCGUAUACGUUAUGGAGGCCACAAUCGUGUUGCCUCAUCUUCUGUGGCUGGUCUAGCUGUUCUGAGGGCUUUUGAAAAUUAA